AUGCCCGCACAGACCCUCCAAUCCACACUGCAGAACAUUGGACUAUUCACGCUAGCGUGGCCAGCCCGCGCCAAAACCCCUUCGAGCAAAGACGACCGUGGCUGUGCUCUAGCCCCGCCAAGCAACCACGCGCCACGGUUGCAAAAAUAG